AACACUAAUUCACACGUCAAAAGUGUUCAAGGUUACAGCUGUGCGCAUGUUUUUUGAAACGAUAAAUUAAAAUUGUAAUUAGUCUAGUCUCAGAAUUUCAUGUGGAAAAGGUUCCUCCGGCCGUUCUCCGAUUAUAUUAAUAAAAUGUUGCCUGAAGUUGUUUUCGUGUUAGGUGCUCCCGGUGCCGGCAAAGGCACACAGUGUUCCUUUAUUUCCAAAGAAUUUGGAUUCGUUCAUCUCUCUGCUGGGGAUUUACUGCGCGAGGAGCGUCAGAGGCCCGGGUCUGAAUACGGAGAAAUGAUCGAGGAGAAGAUCCGGAACGGCGAGAUCGUUCCCGUCGAGGUUACAUGUUCGCUCAUACAUAAAGCGAUGCAGAAGUCCGGUAAGACGAGGUUUUUGAUCGACGGCUUCCCUCGUAAUAAAGAUAAUUUAGACGGCUGGGAGCGCGUCAUGUCUGACAAAACCAAAUUGCUGUUUGUGCUGUUCUUCGAGUGCUGUCGGGAUCUAUGCACGGAGCGCUGCCUGGGGCGCGGCGCGGCGGGCAGCGGUCGCUCCGACGACAACCUUGAAAGUCUUCAAAAGAGGUUCAAUACAUACCUCAAUGCUACCAUGCCUAUCAUAGAACAUUAUGAGCACAAGGGACUGGUGCACCGAGUGAAUGCGGAAUCAGCCCCAGAGGUUGUGUUUGAGGAUGUCAAAAAACUAUUCAAUAAAUUAGACCGGAUAGACAAUUAAAACAGCAGUAGACUAACUACUCUUUAUUCUUUUACUUUUAAGCAUACUAGCAGCUUAAGAUUAAAAUGUCAAAUAAAGUUGUAAAGAACAAAAGAAGAUGAACUAUCAUUAAUUUUAUGAUCAUACAUGCUUAUUUAUUAAUCUGUUAGGAAAAUAAUUCAGCACACAAUGAAACUUCUGAUAUGUGUAAUCUAUAGACAUUAUUGUAUAAAAAAUCAAGAAUCAUGUUAUAAUAUUAAUAGUUUGAAUAGCAACAAGGCAAGAUUGCCAUGAACUAAAAGACCUUCACCAUAAUAGCAUUGGUUGGCAUUAUUAUUUUUUACUGUGCAUUGCCUACUAAGGUCAAAAGUUAUAUUUCUCAGUCACUGUUAGCUUUAAUAAUGCAAUGCACUAUACUAUGUGUUUCAAUUAAGAAGAGCUUCACCAUAAUAUGAAACUUGUACUUAAAUUAGAGAUUUCUUUCUUUUACUUUUUUCACAAAUUUUAUAGGUAUUUUUGUUGGUUUUAUUUAAACAUGUUAAAUCAUUAUAUUAUCAAGUAAAAACUCCUUGUUCUAUUGAAACCUGACAACUUGUUGCAGGAGUCUUGUUUGAAACAUAUAGUACAGGAUACCUAGUGUAAAUUUUCUUGGAAGUAAACCUUCCAAGUUUAUACCAAUCGAAAUUGAUAAGAUUAAGUCAAUUUUCGUCUUCAAUUAUGUACUUGUAAAACGAUGUCAACUUUGAAUCCAUGUUUCAUGAACAAGUAGAUUAAAACCCUUAUCUAUAUUAUAAAGCUCUAUUGUGAAAUUAUUGCGAUAAGUUUAAAGCAGUGCAUUUCCAAGUUAUAGUAGGAAGUUAUGUAUUAUAUGUAAAUAAAGACCAAAGUUUAAUGAACCAA